CUGUCCUAUAUUCCAGUUUCCCUCCUUCUGUAACUCACUCUUGCCUUUGUACAGCUCUCUGCUCACAUCAAGCGCCUUUGGCUUGCGUGAGAAUUUUGUGUACAGGCAAUUGGUUUCAAAUAGUUCUUUUUUUUUUUUCUAAUUAAUACUUGAUCAAGAGAAACAAAAUGAGGGAGUGCAUUUCUAUUCACGUGGGACAAGCUGGAGUACAAAUUGGCAAUGCCUGCUGGGAACUGUACUGUCUGGAACACGGCAUUCAUCCCGAUGGUGUGAUGCCAUCCGAUAAAACCGUAGGAGGCAACGAUGAUUCUUUUAAUACUUUCUUCAGCGAAACAGGAGGAGGCAAGCACGUUCCGAGAGCUGUGUUUGUUGACUUGGAACCAACUGUAGUAGAUGAGGUCCGACAAGGAACCUACAGGCGUUUAUUUCAUCCCGAGCAGCUGAUCACAGGGAAGGAGGAUGCGGCUAACAAUUAUGCCAGAGGUCACUACACUAUUGGCAAGGAAAUUGUUGACCUUGUUUUGGAUAGGAUCAGAAAACUGUCCGAUCAAUGUACUGGACUACAAGGUUUCUUGAUUUUCCACUCAUUUGGAGGAGGCACUGGAUCUGGGUUCACAUCCCUCCUGAUGGAAAGACUCUCGGUAGAUUAUGGAAAGAAAUCUAAAUUGGAAUUUUCCAUCUACCCUGCACCACAGGUGUCUACUGCUGUUGUUGAGCCGUACAACUCCAUUCUAACCACACACACAACACUGGAACAUUCGGACUGCGCCUUCAUGGUGGACAAUGAGGCUAUCUACGACAUAUGUCGUCGUAACCUCGAUAUUGAGCGACCCAGUUACACGAACCUGAAUCGUCUGAUUGGACAAGUUGUAUCAUCUAUCACAGCCUCUCUGAGAUUUGACGGAGCACUGAAUGUAGAUCUCACAGAAUUUCAGACCAACUUGGUGCCAUACCCUCGUAUUCACUUUCCUUUAGUCACGUAUGCUCCUGUUAUUUCUGCCGAGAAAGCUUACCAUGAACAGCUGUCCGUAGCUGAAAUCACCAACGCUUGCUUCGAGCCAUGCAACCAGAUGGUGAAAUGUGAUCCUCGCCACGGCAAGUACAUGGCCUGCUGCCUCCUGUUCAGGGGUGAUGUGGUCCCAAAAGAUGUCAAUGCAGCCAUCGCCACCAUCAAAACAAAACGUACCAUCCAGUUUGUAGACUGGUGCCCAACAGGAUUCAAGGUUGGCAUCAACUACCAACCUCCUACAGUAGUUCCUGGUGGAGAUCUGGCCAAAGUACAAAGAGCUGUGUGCAUGUUGAGCAACACUACAGCCAUUGCUGAGGCCUGGGCUAGGCUGGACCACAAGUUUGACCUCAUGUAUGCUAAACGUGCAUUUGUCCACUGGUAUGUUGGUGAAGGAAUGGAAGAGGGAGAGUUCUCAGAAGCACGAGAGGAUCUAGCAGCAUUAGAGAAAGAUUAUGAGGAAGUGGGAGUUGAUUCAGCAGAAGCUGAGACUGCCGGAGGAGAAGAGGAAUACUGAUCUAUCAAUGCACAGAAAUAAAACUAUCAAGACAAAAACAAAUGAGUCACUGUCAAUAGAUUUGUUGAUCCAGAUCAAUAUUUAGAUUAAGACAUUCAAAGAGGUCUAUUUCAAUAAAAUAGUUCACUUCA